AUGUCCGCUCCAACACGACAAUUUAACAGGUUGUCCAUUGGUCGGAAUAUGUCAGAAACGACCCUGCCUGCCAGAGUGGCCCGCGCGGGUCGGCCGGACCCUUCCGACGACGACAGUGAUCAUGGAGAAGACGACAGUUCAUCGGAGGAAGGCUCCAAUGGUGGAGACGAGGCAGACAAAGAGGACGAAAGCAGCGAUGAAGAGGAAUCCGAAUCGACUAGUGCUUCUGUCCUCGCAGCGUCAGGCAUUGCGUAUGACUUAAGCCAACUAGAUUCCGAGUUGGAAGCCAGUGCCAUUGUGGGUUUGAAUGGCGGUUUUGAUGUUGUCAACUGUGGUUCUACUGCCGCAGGGUAUGACUUCCAGCUAUUGGAUCGACCGCAUGUGCACAUUGGCCCAGACUCGACCACUUGCAGCUGUUACGCCUUCAAGAAUCGACCGGACGGGGCGUGCCAGCAUAUCUUCUGGCUUCUCGACCAACUGCACGGCUGCUACCUCUCUGCGCCUCAGUCGAUCGAGGUAGCGCUGACUCCAGAUGGACGCCCAGACCGCCUCCCGCGCAUUGAGUCCCUCUUAAAGGGUGACUUAGGGUCGGUUGCAACGCGGCUCGAGUGGCAGUACCUACGAGACGAGGACUCGACAGGCAAGGGGAUGACGCGGACAGAAAAAGUCCGGGACAUCUUCUCUGCGUUCAGCAGCCGCACUCUUCCAGAAGACACCCGACGGGACUUGACAGAGACGAUCGAGCAAGCACGCACAGCAGAGCAAUGCGUGGUGCAGGGAGAUUUCGAGGCGACCAUGUUCCGUCUGGCAGUUCAUGAUGACGGGGUAUUCAACAGCCUCUGCAAAGCAAUGCCUGCAGGCGCAUGUGCGGCUAUCUACUUUGACAAGAUACAGGAACAGACGCGCCGACUACUCAACGACUUCGACCGAUACUGUGUGACUGGCGAAUUACCUGCAGAACCCGUGAGCCCCGGCUUGGGUGUAGAGGUCAGCGAUGUCGUGACACAGCUUCAACGGGCGGUGUCUCAGAUUACAACCAACAUUGCAGCCCGUGCCCCGCAUGGCUCUGAAGGUGCUGCCGAGGCUCUCGUGUCGCUCUUAGAGUCGGUCGUGGCUCGCAAUAAUGAUCCUCUCGAGGGUAAUCCUCUAGGCCGCGAGAGCUUCCACGGUGAAGACGAGGACCAGCGCAAUCUGUAUCAUUUGCUCAUCGGGUCGGUCGAAACAGACUCCGAAACAGACGCGCGGCACUUUGUACUACACGCGCUUGAGGCUCUACCGCCUGCGGACCUCCACCAAUGUGCCAACCGGCUGCGCGACAUUCUCCGCAAGAUCGAAGUCAACCGUGCUCCGAAGCCAUACCUUAUUCAUCUGGGCAACAUUAUCCGUAUCGCUGAAUCUUCUGGCUCCGGUGCAACAGGAUCGGGGCAGAAGCGACCAGCGACUGGAAAUGGGAAUUCGGGAGGAUACUCGAAACGAACCCGAUGA